UUCGUCAAACCGCAAUAAUCCCCAAGUUCGCAGAACUACGCCUCAUUCGUUUUCCCAUCUUCAACCUCUCAAAAUCAUCAAAUCAAAAAUUCCCAAACCCUAAUUCUCAAGCAAUGGAUCACAAAUUACAGGUCUUUAUCGAAUCAGCAGACCUCCAAAUCCCAACUCGUGUCCUGACCCUAUCCCCCAACCACACACUUCACCACCUCAAGCUCUCUCUUUUCCCCCAAAAAACCCUAACCCAAUUUUUACCCUCUCUCUUCUUCACCUUCAAUGGCAAACCCCUCUCAGACUCCACCACCCUCCGUAAUUCUCAAAUCACCCCCUUCUCCACCCUCACCCUCCGCUGCCGCCUCCGGGGAGGCGGCGGCGACGGCGGCUCCACCUGCGCCGAGUCCCGCGACUGUUACCUGAACAUGUACGCCGUUAAGAAGCCCGAUAAGGUCGACCCGAACGAGCAGCGGCUGUCGAAAUGGUUGAAUUGCGCGCUGUCGAACGAGCCCUUGAAGCAUCCGGUGGUGAUAGAUUUUCUGGGGAAUUUGUUUAAUAAACAGGCCCUUGUUGAGGCUUUGUUGGGCAAGAAGCUGCCCAAGGGGUUUGGGCAUGUUAAGGGUCUGAAGGACAUGGUUUCGGUUGAGUUGUCGAUGAUUCCCGGGUUGGAAUCGGGUGGCGAUGUGAUUGGUGGGACGAGGUUUCAGUGCCCGAUUUCGGGUUUGGAGUUUAAUGGGAAGUAUAGGUUUUUCGCUUUGAGGACUUGUGGGCAUGUUUUGAGUGCCAAGGCAUUGAAGGAGGUUAAGUCCUCGGCGUGUUUGGUUUGUCAUAAGGAGUUUUCGGAGAGCGAUAAGAUUGCGAUUAAUGGGAGCGAGGAGGAGGUGGAGAAGUUGAGGGAGAGGAUGGAGGAGGAGAAGGCAAAGGUGAGGGAUAAGAAGGCAAAGAAGGUGAAGAAUGGGGAAGUGGGUGCCAUUGGGGAAGUGGGUGUCAAUGGGGAGGAGGGUGUUUGUUUGGAUUUGCAUUCGUCGCGAUUGAGUGGGAAAAAGCAUGGUUUGAUCGAGUCCAAGGGUUUGGCUAAAGUUGAAGGGAAUGGGAAGGUUGGUAAUGGCGGGGAAUUGAGAAAGGAUGUUAGUAAUGGUUCGAGUAAUGGGUUGGCAAAACGGUUCAAGGCAGGUGAUAAUGCACCGGUGAAUGCCACCAAGGAGGUAUAUGCUUCUAUUUUCAUCUCGUCGAAGAAGUCUAAUUUUAAGGAAACUUACAGUUGCAGAUCUCUUCCGCUUGGUAGGAACUGAUUGAAGACCAUUGUGAGGAACUUGAGCGAGUACCACUCUGUUGCCAGCCUUAUUUUCCCCUACACAAACUUAUUGGAGAUUGAAGGAGUAUGACAGGAGAGUGUUGAUAUCUUUUCUCACAAGGGCUCGGAGAAUGCCAAACAUUUCAAAGAGGUUUGUGAUAAAAGUUGCCCUCCAGUGCAGCUCUCCUAUAGGAACCAUGGCAUUCGUAGGGAAAAAAAGGUACUGCACAAUUCACUAUUUUAGGAAGACUUCCUGAAUAUAACAGUUUAUGAUUCAAUUUGCUUCAUGAGAGAGUAAGAGAGAAUUCAGUUCAUAGGUUCAACUGUUCAAGAACCUCUUACAUCUUGGGCUCAUCAAAGCCCCGGGCCCUUUUGUAGGGCGAGCAGCCCUACAAAAAAAAAAAACUAAUUCUUGUGGAUGUUUAUUUGCUAGGCUGUCCACCUUAACCGGAACCCUGCUGUACCUGUUGUUUAUGAUUCAUAGAGUGAAGGUGAGAGAAACUUUUGUUUUUUUUGAUAUGCACUCUGAGCUCUUCUGUCAUGCAAAUAUAAGUUUUGAACUUUGGAUAUUUGUGGUCAUUACUUAUUUUGUGCACUAGGUACUCCGUUUUUGUUAUCUUACAAUUUUGAUUCAAAAUAAAUGUUUCGAG